AGGUGAGUUGGGAUUGUGUCUGUGUUUGUGAGAGUUAGAGAAAAGAAUGGCAUUAGAAGCUGUGGUUUUCCCUCAAGGCUUCUUUGGUUAUACUUGCAAGGAGUGGUGUUAUAACAUGGGAGGGGAAGCAUGGGGCUACGACUUCGGAAGGGUUGGUGAGGAGGAGGAGGAGAAGAGGGAGGUGUUAGAAUGUGAGUUGGGUACUGGUAAGGUUGGUGGGAGUUGGGACCCCCCUGCCUCCUCCUUGGUGCAAAACCUUGAGGAAUGGGAUGCGAAUUCCUCGUUGCCGGAGCCUUGUGAGGGGAUAGCAUUGGAGGGGGAGGCCAUGGGGGCAGCAGCGGCGGGCCGGAGGAAGAGACGGCGGGCGAAGAGCGUCAAGAACAAGGAGGAGGUGGAGAGCCAGAGGAUGAUCCACAUUGCCGUCGAGCGCAACCGCCGGAAGCAAAUGAACGAAUACCUCGCCGUGCUCCGGUCCCUCAUGCCAUCUUCUUAUGUUCAAAGGGGUGAUCAAGCAUCAAUCAUAGGGGGUGCAAUAAACUACGUGAAGGAGCUUGAGCAGCUCCUCCAAUCCCUGGAAGUUCAGAAGAGGCUCAAGCAGCGAUCCGAUGCGACCGGGCUAGUGCACCCCUUCGCCAACUUCUUUGCCUUCCCCCAGUACUCAUCAUGCUCUUCUGGCGGCAGCACCACCACCCACACCAGCAGCAACCACAACAUUGCUAAUGAAAUGGCAGUUGAGAACCGGUCGGCCAUGGCGGACAUCGAGGUGACAAUGGUUGAGAGCUAUGCCAAUCUUAAGGUGCUCUCGAGGCGGUGGCCGAAGCAGCUGCUCAAGAUGGUGAUGGGGUUGCAGAAUAUGCGCCUGACCACGCUGCACCUCAACGUAACCACCGUGGAUCAGCUGGUCCUGUACUCCUUCAGUCUCAAGGUGGAAGAUGAUUGCCAAUUCACUUCAGUGGAUGAUAUUGCAACUGCAGUAUAUCAAAUGCUAGGGAGGAUCCAAGAGGAGGCUAAUUUCAGCUGAAAAACUCACCAUCUGACUGUAAUCAUAUCUUUUCUGGAAUCAUGUCAUCUGAUUGCUUCCAAUGGUUUUGGUGUAACAAAUGUUUUGACCGUGUGAUGUGUGCUUGCUAUGUUAUCACUUUCCAUAUUUAGCGUGGA